AUGCGAAUGAACCUAAUCUUGGAUGUCAACACGCAGAUGUAUCCCGUGGACCUGAACGAGCAGUUUCGACUUGUGCUAGCAACCACAUUGAGAGAAGACGGCGGUGCCGAGGAAGGUGUCUAUGAUCAACAGGCUGAAUCGACGAGAGCAGCGCAGUUUGAAUACGUCAUGUACGGCAAAAUCUACCGAAUUGAAGGCGGCGAAGCCGGCCACGACAAGGACAGCCAAAAUCUCGACGUCUAUGCAUCAUUUGGAGGGCUCUUGAUGCGGCUUCGCGGCGACGCCUUCAACCUGCAAGAAUUCGAAUUGGACAAGUACAUCUACCUCCUUAUGAAGAAGAGCAGUUUU